AUGAACACUAGUCCAAGUUGUAAGACUAGUGACAGUCAUUAUAACCAUUAUCACCAUCAACACCAUCAGGAACAGCAGUAUCAUGAUUUUUUUACAAUAUCGAAAACCAAAGACACAUGGACUGAUGGUAUUGCUGUUCAAGGUGAUGGUAAGAAGCAUACAGUCCAUUGGUUUAGAAAAGGACUUAGGAUCCAUGACAAUCCUUCAUUAAGAGAUGGACUGGCUGGUGCAACAACUUUCAGGUGUAUUUUCGUGCUUGAUCCAUGGUUCGCUGGUAGCACCAAUGUCAGCAUUAAUAAAUGGAGGUUUUUGCUGCAAUGUUUAGAAGACUUAGACCGUUCACUACAGAAAUUUAAUUCACGGAUGUUUGUCAUUAGAGGUCAGCCAGCAGAUGUCUUGCCAAGGCUUCUGAAGGAGUGGGGAACUACUUGCUUGACUUUCGAAGAGGAUCCAGAGCCUUAUGGAAAAGUCAGAGAUGAAAACAUUAAAAGUAUGUGCUUAGAGCUUGGGAUUACUGUUAUUCAAAAGGUUUCACAUACUCUGUAUAAGCUCGAUGAGAUAAUUGAAAAAAAUGGUGGAAAAUCCCCACUUACUUAUCAUCAGUUUCAAAGUAUGAUAAUACGUAUGAACCCACCCGAUAAUCCAACUGCAACGAUUACGGCUGAAUGCAUUGGUUGUGCCUAUACGCCUCUUACACAUAACCACGAUGACUUUUUUGGUGUUCCCUCUCUCGAAGAAUUAAGCUUUGACACAGAAGGCCUUACAGCACCAGUGUGGGUGGGCGGUGAAAGCGAGGCCUUAACACGACUUGAGCGCCACCUUGAACGAAAAGCUUGGGCUGCAAGCUUUGGUAGGCCAAAAAUGACACCACAGUCAUUGCUAGCCAGCCAAACUGGACUGUCACCUUACUUGCGCUUUGGAUGCCUUGGAACAAGGCUUUUUUAUCACCAGCUCACAGAUCUAUACAAGAAGAUUAAAAAGGCUGUACCACCACUGUCACUACAUGGCCAGUUGCUGUGGCGUGAGUUUUUCUACUGCGCAGCCACAAAGAAUCCAAACUUUGACCGGAUGCAUGGCAAUCCCAUAUGCCUGCAGAUACCUUGGGACAAGAAUAUCGAGGCCGUUGCCAAAUGGGCGAACGGCCAAACGGGUUUUCCAUGGAUCGAUGCAAUAAUGACUCAGCUGCGUGAAGAAGGCUGGAUCCACCAUUUAGCUAGACACGCAGUUGCUUGCUUUCUCACUCGUGGAGAUCUUUGGAUUUCAUGGGAAGAGGGUAUGAAGGUAUUUGAUGAGCUUCUUCUGGAUGCCGACUGGUCUAUUAACGCGGGGAUGUGGAUGUGGUUAUCGUGCAGCUCAUUCUUUCAGCAAUUUUUUCACUGUUAUUGUCCUGUUCGGUUCGGAAGAAAAGCUGAUCCUAAUGGCGACUAUAUUCGACGCUACCUGCCAGUCCUGAAAAAUUUUCCAACUUGCUACAUACACGAACCAUGGAACGCCCCACUUAGUGUUCAGCGAGCCGCCAAAUGCAUUAUUGGAAAGGAAUACUCACUGCCGAUGGUUAACCAUUCCAAGAGUUCCCGCCUCAAUAUUCAACGCUUGAAACAGGCUCACCAACAGCUACAAAAAUAUAAAUCCUAUGGGUCACUUAUUACGCCAAAAACUCCUUCAACCAUGUAUGAUCAUCAAGACAGUGAGAGAAAUGAGAAACAAUGAAAAUGAGAAAUAUAACACCAAUUGAAACAGCAGAAAUCGUCAAAAAGUCAUGGAAAAUGAGUUGUACCUUACGAUAAUUAUCCGUUAGUAGGUUAUUGCUUAGCAAAGUACCAAAUUUUAUGAAAACAUUAGACAAGUAUCAGUCUGAAGUAUA